AAUCCGGAGGAGCAGGAGGAGACGGCAAGGAUAGGCCCAGGAGUAAUGGAAUCCAAAGAGGAACAAGUGGGAAAAAAUACCAACAUGGAAAAUGCCCCAAAGAAAAAGGAACAGAAGGAGCAAGAUGAUAAUAAAGGGGAGCCCUUGGCCCUCCCUUUGGAAGCUGGUGAAUACUUUGUGCCUAGAGGAAAUCGUAGGCGGUUCCGUGUUAGGCAGCCCAUCCUGCACUAUAGGUGGGACCUGAUGCACAGGCUUGGAGAGCCCCAGGCAAGGAUGAGAGAAGAGAAUAUGGAAAGGUUUGGGGAGGAGGUGAGACAGCUCAUGGAAAAGCUGAGGGAAAGGCAGUUGAGUCAUAGCCUGCGUGCAGUUAGCACUGACCCCCCUCACCAUGACCAUCAUGAUGAGUUUUGCCUUAUGCCCUGAAUCCUGAUGUUUUCCCUGAAGUCAAUAGGGAGACCCUUGCUUCCUAAACUAACAUGUUGUGUUGUACCGCUGUAAGCUUUCUGAUGUCAUUAAUUCUCUUGGGUCUCCAGUUACCAGCUUCUAAUUGAAUGUGUUUUUGACGCAGUCUGUAAGAUUUUUGUCAGCAGAAUUUACCUAUUGCAUGGAAAGAUGCUCAUUAUAUAUUGUGAAGUUAAU